AGAUUAGGUAACUGCCAUGGCAGCGUCCUCUUACUCGUCUACAGAGGAGACAACAAAUGCCUGUAGAGCGUGUCGACUUCUCCUGGGUCCGUGUACAGAUCAACUGAGGGAUGUUCUACGUCAUUAUAUACCACCCGCUAUUUUUCCACGUGUCAUUGUACAAAAAAGGAGUAAUCUACCCCGUCUGACAGCACCUCAAAUGAGUCUUAUUUUACCAAGAGGUAAAAGUUAUACCGGAAACUAUGCUGAUAUGGAUAUUCCUUUAUUGUACUCGCUGCUUAGAAACAUUUGUAACAUAACAGCACACAACAAAGGCUGGGGAAAUGAUCCAGACCCUACAGAUCGUACUCUCUCUGCCAAUGUUGAGAGGAUCCGUACUGCCAGAAACCAGUGUGUGCAUUCUUCUAGUCCCGUCCUUUCUAACGCUGAUUUCAAUACAGUCUGGUCUACCGUAAGAUCAGCAGUUGUAGAUCUCGAUUCGUUCCUUAACAACGGAAACCAGUACGAAAAGGAGGUGGAUUUUUUAAAACAUGAGACAAUGGACCCUGUCCGUGACCUUCAUUUCAUUGAAGAACUGAGAAAACAGGCUGAAGAAGAUGCAGCAACAAGGAAAAUAUUACAUGGCCUACAACGUAAAUUAGAAGAAAGCGAAGAAAAUCGAUCUGAAAAUCAAAAUAAAAUGCUAGAAAUGAUUAAUGAAAUCAAGAAUACUAAAUGUGUCAUUCCUCCAAAUGUGAAAGAUAUCCAUUCAAAGAAAGUCCUACAAUGGAAGAAAGACGACGAAGUUUUCAUUGAAACCCACAACUUUCAUGCAAUGUUGGAUAAAGUCAGAAAUCAACCGUACAUGACAUUUGUUGGUGUCCCAGGAUCUGGGAAAUCAGCAACGAUUCAUCAUAUUGCCUUAACAUUACAAGAGAAAAAGUAUGAGGUCGUACCAAUUGAGGAUAUCAGAAAGAUAGAAGAUUAUACUGACUCUCGUUAUUCCCAAGUAUUUGUCGUUGAUGAUGUACUAGGUAUCUUAAAACUACAAAAGCCAAAAUUAAAGUCAUUAAUGGAUUACGAAGAACAAAUUUCAAAUCCCUUCAAUGAAAAUACAAAGGUAUUGAUGUCAUGUAGGGAAGCAGUGUUUAAUGAGUGUUACAAAUCAUUUUUCAUAAAUGAGAAACACGUGAUAAAAUUAAGCAAUCCAGAAAAUAUGUUGAAUGAAGAUGACAAAAAAUCCAUUCUUCAGAUUCACGGUUUGGAUAGAAAUUUAUUGCCUACUUCAUUCCUGCAAGAAACAUCAUAUAGGUUUCCUUUACUGUGUAAACUGUACUCGAAAGUUGAGAAAUUUAGAAAAAAUGCUGAAAAUUUCUUUACCUGUCCAGUUGAAUGCAUUUUAGAAGAAUUUGAAAAGAUGAAAUGUCAUUACAAGUUAUGCUAUGCUACUUUGGUUUUAUUAAUGUUAAAUGACAGAAAACUAUCAAAGAAAAGUUUUCUAAGCAAAGGGAACAACCAGUUCUACGAAAUGAAAUCAAAAGUAAUAGAGAGCUGUGAAGUUGAGAGUAACACAGAUGCAUUCAAAUUUGUUAGAGCAUUAUCAGUAAUGGAGGGGACAUACACAAAAUUAUGUGGAUCUGAGUACACUUUUAUUCAGGAAUCCAUGUAUGAAAUAAUGGCGUAUCAUUUUGGUUGUCAGUGUCCGGAUAUCAUUUUGCAAUAUAUUAGCAGCAGUUACAUUGCUAAGAAAGUGGAAGUAAAAGAAUGUAAAAAGACAAUGGAAAACGGAAGAACACAAGUCACUGGAAAUGUAAAGGAUGGUGAAGAGCAUGAUGUAUUAAAUAGUAAAAGCGGCGAUGGAAGUGAUUCAUUUGAUCUUUGUAUAAGGUUAGGAGAGGACAAGUUUUUAGUUUUAGCUGAGCGUUUGUACAGUGAUAUAGAGAAUUUGGAACUGUAUGAUGUUUUUAUGAAUGAUGUUUUAAAACAGUCAGAAGUAUGUAAGCUCUUUAUAGAGGUGCUAAACAGGAAGUCUUACUCGGGAUGGAAAGCUUUAUUUCUAUCAAAGCAGAAUGAUGUGCAUAGAAUUGUCAGGAAAAUAAAUUGGGUAGUGAAGGAAUGUGAGGAAUCGGAAAAACGGAGCAAUGAAUUGCGUAAACAGAAUUUGCUUGUAAAUGAAAGAUGGACACCACUUAAAGGAUCAACAUACAGUGUGAGGGUUAUUAGUUGGGUGGUUUAUUACGGCCACAAUAAGAUUCUACAACAUAUCCUAGAACAAACUGACCGACAAAACGAAACACACUCUCAAGUGUUUGAUAGUUCAAUUUACCCUGUUCGAAGCUUUGUUACGGAAGAAAGCGAAAAAAAUAUUCCAGCAAAUGACAGAAAAGACAACCCAUGUAUCUUAAACACCAGUACUCAUUCGGGAAAUGAGGAAUUGGUCAUAAAUCAGUCAAUAUCUGAACAACAUCGCUUACUUGUGUUGGGAUGUUACAGUGGUGAUUUAGAGACCGUAAGAAUAUUGAUCAAAUAUGUCAGUAAAAGUACUAUAAACAAAGAACUGCGAUAUUUGGAUUAUGAUGAUAGAUUGAUUGUAACUCCACUUACUGCAGCAUGUACAUCUGGACAAAUGACUGUGGUUAAGGAGCUGUUAGAUGCGGGGGCUGAUCUGAACCCGCAAGGUAAAUAUGAUACUCCACUAACUGUAGCAUGCAGAGGUGGUUAUACCAAUGUAGUAAAAGAACUAAUAAAAUCAGGAGCUGAAGUCAAUCCUCAGGGCAAAUUUCAUACGCCACUGACUGCAGCAUGUACGAGUGGAAAUGCGAGUGUAGUGAUGGAGCUAAUAAAGGCUGAGGCUGAUAUUAAUCCUGAAGAUAAAUAUAAUACACCACUGACUGCAUCAAGUAAGGGUGGAUUUAUCCAUGUAGUAAAGGAGCUAAUAAAAGUCGGGGCUAAUGUCAAUCUUCGAGAUCAGAAUGAUACGGCACUGACUGCAGCAUGUUAUUAUGGACAUAAGAGUAUUGUGAAGGAGCUAAUUAAGGCAGGAGCUGAUGUCAAUCUAGAGGGAAAAUAUCAUACACCACUAAGUGCAGCAUGUGAGAGAGGACAUGUGGGUGUUGUAAAAGAGCUGAUAGAUAAGGGGGCUGAUGUCAAUCUACAAAGGCAGAAUUAUACGUUACUGAUUGCAGCAUGUCAAGGUGGAUAUAUAAGCGUAGUAAAGGAGCUGAUAGUGGCAGGGGCUGAUGUAAAUCAACAAACUCAGAAUAAUACACCACUAAAAGCGGCAUGUCAAGGUGGACAUUUAAAUGUAGUGAAUAAGCUUAUAGAAGCUGGGGCUAAUAUCAAUCCGCAGACUGAAUAUAAUACACCACUGACUGCCGCAAGUGAGGGUGGACAUAUAAGCGUUGUAAAAAUGCUGCUAGAGGAAGAGGCUGAUGUCAAUCCACACGGUAAAUACAAUUUACCACUGACUGCAGCAUGUAGAUAUGGACAUUUGAGUGUAUUGAAGGAACUGUUAGAGGCCGGGGCUGAUGUCAAUCCACAAAGGUUCUUUAAUUUACCAUUGACAGAGGCAUGUAAAAAUGGACACUUAUGUGUUGUAAAGGAGUUGAUAAAAGCAGGGGCUGAUAUCAAUCCACAAUGUACAUACCAUACACCACUGACGAUGGCAUGUAAAAGGGGACAUACUGAUAUUGUCAAAGAACUCUUAGACGUAGGAGCUGAUCGCAAUCCCCAAGGUAAAUAUCACACACCGCUUACUGCAGCAUGUAAGGAUGGACAUGUUGAGGUAGUGAAGGAGUUGAUAGAGGCAGAGGCUGAUGUCAACCUACAAGGAAAAUACCACACACCGCUGACAGCGGCAUGUAAUGGUGGAUAUCUGAACGUAGUGAAGGAACUCUUAGAGGCCGAAGCUGAUGCCAAUAUUCAAGGUCAAGAUGAUACACCACUGACAGCUGCAUGCAGGGGUGGAUAUUGCAGUGUAGUCAAUGAACUGAUAGAGGUAGGGGCUGAUAUUAAUAUGCAGGAUUCGAAAGGAAGAACUCCUAUAUAUACUAUAAUUUUCAAUAAUACGGAGUCCCUGAUACCACCAGCACUAAUGGUCAAUGAUCAUGGUGCGGAUGCAACUAUCUGUAAUAAUGAGGGUCUAUCAGCAUUAAGCAUUGCGUUAGUUGAAAUGAAAAUUGAUGUUGUAAAAGAACUCGUACAAACAGAACGUGAAGGUCAGCUUAAUAAACGGAAGUUACAUUUGUUGGAAUCUUUAGUGAACAUAAGGAAUAGUGACGUGAUAACUGAUAGUAAAGAUAACGUGGUGAUGACACACACACGGGUGAGGCAAAUAGAUAAAUUUGGAGAUUUAUAUAAAAUAAUCAAAGAAAACAAAUGUGACGUACUGAAAAAUUUAUUUCACAUGGGUCUGGAUUUCAAUCAGUGGAUACAGCUGUACUACGAAGAUUAUGAGUCUGAUUUUGAUGAAAAACCUCUUUUGUUCUCGGUGAUUGAUGAAGGACUUGGUAGGUUUAUUCUGAUUGAUGAGAACAAUGUAGUAGAGAUGUUAAGGACACUUCUGGAAGCUGGGACGGAUGUCAAUGUCAGGGUGAGGUACAGGGAAUAUAACGAUGUGGAAGACAGAGAGGGUGUGUCUGUUCUGGAGAGGACACGACGCCUUGUGAAAAAGUUCAAAGAGGGUAAAUUUAAAUGGAAAAGAAGCGCAGUGCAACCUUGCAAGAGGGUCUUAAGUGUCUUAAAAAAUUAUGUAAGACGAUACUCUGUAUGAAAAUUAUACAGAAAGGUUUAAAAUAAUAUGUCCCACAAUAUGCAACUGUUAGGGCUAGUGAAUUUUAUUUUUGUACAACUCUACACACUUUUCAAAUAUUGUUUUACAUUCUUCUUAUUACAUUUCUCAAUAAACUUCUUGAGGAUGUGUUAACUGCGUAUUGUACAUAAAAUUCAUCAUUUCAAACCCGAUAUCAAAAUAGUUGCAGACUUUCCAUGCAUUAAGAUUGAGAAUCCUUACUUCCCAGAUUUUUUUUCCAUUUUUCCGACAAGAUCGGGAAUAUUCGAGUCGUGAAGUGACGAAAAUAUAAAGUCACAUUUAAGGACAUGUUUUUUAAAAACACAAAUGGUAGUUUUGUUGGCAUCAAUGACAUGGAAAUACAUGUAGCAUUAAAUCAUUCUUUGUAAUUUUAUUCAAGUAGGAUAUUACUAUUGUUGUUAUGCACCAAAUAGGAUAAUUGGGAGUAUGGAAUUUUUCAGGUGCACUGAUAAAAAAAUUAAAAAAUUCGUUUGACCCGAACUGUCUCCGUUCUUAUAUAUAUUGUCUGUGGAACUCAUUAUAUGCAAGCGGUGCUUCCCGCCGCCCCUGUGCUCACUUUAAUGAAAAUUUCAUACUCAGUUUUUUUUUUAUCUUACUGUGAGAUCUAGGGUGAGUGUAGAAAGAACAAGAACUAGUACACAAUAGACUGAUUGACAGUGUCGUUAUACGAGCCUACUGAAUUAAUAAAAUAUCAAAGUUCAAACUUUGUGUGAAAUUCUGUGUUGGAGUAAAUUGCGUAGGAAAGUAAUGAAUUUUUUUGCCAAACAAUUUUUGCCUAAAAGCUUCAUUAAAAUUACCAUCGACAUUACUUUAGAAAUGAAAGAAAUUAGAUUACAAUUACUUUUCAAAUGUAAUAAAUUAAAUCGAAAAUUACAUUGCACAUGCAACAUAUCAUUUUCAUAUUUACAUUAGAUUCAGCUACCACAGAUUUACUUAAAUUGUUUAAAUGUUCAUUUCAAUUACUUUGUCCCCUGACCUAUAUCUAACAGGUCCAAAGGUGUUUUCUUAGUCACUGAAAAUACUUUACAUUGUUGUAUAUGCAUUGUUAGAUACAUACCGAGCGCUGGUUGUAAGUUCGCGCAAUUUUUUAAAAUUUUAUUUCUAAAAUGUUACAACAAUUUAUGCAAUUAAUAAGCUUUUAUUUUUGUCAAGUAUUUAGAUGACUUGUGCCUUGAUAUUGCAAGCUAUCUCAGAAAGUUAGUAGUAGAUAGUAUAUUGUGUGUCAGUCUACCAUAAAUGUGUGAUAGAUUUGGAUUUUUUGAUAUUAUAGCUUUUAUAACUGUUAUAAAACUUGGCAGUAAUAAUCGAUGUCAAAGUUAAAGUAUUGAUUUUUAGCAAUAUUUACCAUGAUCUCUUUUUCCCGCUUGUGUCAAAAACAUUGCCGUUUCAGUUCAGAGUUAACAGCAAUAAUUUCUUUCUUUGAUUGGUUAAAUCUUUAUAUUCUCACAUUCGGAAACUCUCUCAUUUACGUUGCCCUUUAUAGCUCAACUGAGCCGAAACCUUGAAAACCCAAAAUAUUGUCAAAAAGUUUAUUAAAAAUGCAGAUUUUAGAUUUCUGUUAAGAGGGCUAAAAAUAAACUUUCGGUAAUGGAAUGUAAAUCAUUCAACUGUUAAAAAAAUAA